AUGCGCAGACAACAAAGUCCUGAUGGGGCAGAUCCUGGCAAGGGGACUUCUCGGUUGUUUUCUUUGCUCCGAUCAGUCCAAACAGGCCAUGUCAUCAACACUAUGUGGGCCAGCGAGGGGACUGCGCUCUGCCGUGUGCAGAUGAGCCUGGUUAAGUUCUUCCUCAUUUGGCCCUUGAAGGCUGUUGCGCCGCUCGCGUACAUGUACUGGGCCUGGCGACUCAUGCGAAGCCUGUCUGGACGCGCGACGCGAAGCGCUCAGCCACAGGGCGCCUUGGCAAUACUUCGCGCAGCAGUGACUUGGGGCCUGCAGGAGUCCUUCUCCUUCCUGCUGGGGUUGGAAGUCUUUUUCUACUUGUACUACCGCUACAAGCAUGCGGCGCUGCAGGCCGAUAUCGGGCAGCUCAGCUUGUUCUUGGACGUGUUUGGACGUGGUAGGUGGUGGGUGUCCAAGCUUCUGCACACUGGCCAUGCACGGAGGUGUGGGACAGAGCGAUCGCACUUUUGGAAAGUGCAGCUGCUGAAGGCCAUCAAAUCAUGCAGACAGUCCAACUGCUGGGAAUUUUCUUUGCAGCUUCUCCACGUUGCCGAGCUCACUUUGGACCCAGAUCUCAUGACCUACAACUCGGCAGCCGCAAGCAUCACAGCGGACCGAUGGUGGAUGUCGGCAGACAUCAUUUCGACUCUGCGGGAACGGCUUUUCGAAGCAGAUGUGAUCACCUAUGGUUCUGCAAUUGCUGCAUGUAAGCAGGGCCUCUGGUUUCGCUCCGUGGCUCUCCUCGCCGCACUGAAAAGACACGACCUGGAGGAUGACAUCGUGGCAUGGGGAUCGACGGUGGGCGCCUGUGCUCCAAGCACCUGGCAGCAGUGUUUGCAUCUUCUCUCGAAGCUCGAUUUCAGGGGGCAUGCUGCAAGCAGCCGUGUCUAUGUUACGGCCAUGAGCUCCUUCCGGGAACGAUGGCAGCAAGCCGCGCAGCUUCUGCGGGCGCACGACUUGGUGUACGCACCAAGCUUGCCUCUCUUCAACAGCUUCCUUGCUGCGUUGGAGAACUGCGGGCAGUGGCAAAGGGCACUGCACUUCGUCUUGCUGGUCCGCGACAGAGCGUGCGAGCCGGAUAUCACUACGUACAACACUGCUAUGAGCGCAUGUGCCGCAGCAAGUUGCUGGAAGCUGGCGCUGAUUCUGAUGGAUUGCGUGGAGAACUCGAAGCUUCAUCCGGAUGUGAUUACACACAAUGCAGCAAUCACUGCCUGCGCCAAUGCUGGCCUGUGGAAGAGAGCUCUUGCACUUAUGGUGGGCAUGAAAGGGCAAAAGAGCAGGAUCUCAUUCAACGCUGCUCUUCAUGCUUGUGCCGGCAGUGCCGCAUGGGAGCAGGGCUUGGCAGUCUUUGCGUUGAUGGAAAGGGCUGACAUUGCUCCUGACGCCUUUUCCCAUACCGCCGUCCUGAGCGCAAUUGGGAGAGCGCAGCGUUGGCCGGAUGCUGUGGUCUGGUUUCGGAACAUCCGGGCAUCCUGCCGGCCAAGCUUAGAGGUCUACAACGCCAUCCUCGAUGCUCUUGAGAAAGGUGGAGAGUGGCAAAGUGCGCUUCGCAUGCUGUGGGAAAUCGAAGCGGAAGAAGGUCUCAAAGCGGACCUUGUUAGCUACAGCUCUGUCAGUAGUGCCUGCGACAAGGGAUGUGCUUGGCAGCCGGCUCUCCAAGUUCUGCAAGAGCUGAAGCCACGUGCCCUUCGAGCGGACGUGCUUAUCUACAGUACCACACUGGGAUCCUGUGAUCGAGUGUCGAAGUGGAAAUGGAACCUUCAUGUUUUCAGUGACCUUCGAGUUGAUCGGCUGGGCGGCGACGCAAUUUGUUUUGCAGCUGCGGUUGGAUCUGCAGCGGUGGGCUUCAAGUGGCUGCUCGCCAUGUCCUUGGUUGACGCCUUAUCGCAAAGGACACCAUCCUCGACUUUUAGCAAAGCUGUCACAGCCUGUGAAUACAGUGGAUGCCCUGCCAUGGUGUUGAGCGCCCAAUCUCAGAGCAGGAUUAUGUAA